AUGUCUCACGCACCAACGCAGACUUGUCCAUGUCACGCCGCAGGUGAUGAUCCCGCAGAAAUCACGACUCUGCACCAAGCAGCUUUUCACCAAAACAACCAACGACUAGAACAGCUCCUACAAAACGGCGCUGACGUAUCAGCUACGCAAACGGUUCGCGAAUUCACGCCGCUUCACUAUGCCGUCCAAUUCGGCGAUGAGAAAGCUGUGCAAAUGCUGAUUGAAGCUGGGUCCAACGUCUCUGCGGCAACCUAUGAUGGCGUCACGCCUUUGCACAACACGGCUGCCGAUGGAGAUGUGCGAAUCACCGAAAUUCUCUUGAAGGCGGGAGCGAAUGCUGACAGCCGCAAUAUCGAUGAAGAAUCGCCUCUUCAUGUCGUGUCAUUAUUUGGGGAGACACAAAUUGCAAAGCUCCUCAUAGAUGCUGGAGCGGAUAUCUCGGCAAAGGAUUGCUAUGGAAACACGGCUUUGCAUAUUGCUGCAGCUCAUGAGCACAUUGGAAUCGUUCAAAUGAUUCUUGACACUGACGCUGAUAUAAAUUCAAUGAAUAACAAUGGGGAUUCAGUGCUACAUCAUGCAAUGAGCGACGGGCCAGAAUGCGUAAAAUUGCUCAUCGACCAUGGAGCAAAUGUUCACCUCAGAGGCGAAGGUAGCGAAACACUUCUGCAUCGCGCUGCGCAGAGCUCACCUGAACUGGUCCGAGACUUGGUCAAAGCUGGGGUUGACCUUGAGGCAGCCAACGAUGAAGGAGCAACAGCUCUUCAUUGUGCUGCAGCAUGGGGAGAAACUGCGUCGCUGCAGACUCUAAUCGAGAGCGGAGGAAAUCUGAACGCGGCUAACAAUGAUGGCGAGACGGCUCUACAUCUUGUGGCGGGGAACCCUUCUUGCAGAAGCGGACGUGAUUUGGAGACAAAAGCUAAGCUUUUGAUCGAAGCAGGAGCAGAUAUUCUUGCGAAAACAAAGUCUGGAAAGACGGCUUUGGAUUAUGCGGUUGACUGUGAGGGCGAAGCUGUCGAGAAGGUACUCCGCGAGAUGGGGGCGGCGUAA